AUUUAUUAUCCUAUUUUUCUAGCCGUGUUUCCUCGUCCUAUUCUCCUUAUCACGCCUCACCCCAUUUUGCAAUUCUCUUUGUUUCAAAAUAUUCAGAAACUAAACCCUAAUUUCUGAUCUCCAUUGUCGAUCACCAGCCAUGUCUGUUACUGCCGGUGUUGCUGCAACUAGCGACACUGUAAUCGCCAUUAGAGAGAAGCUUCGAGGUAAAAUCAGCCAAACUAAAGUCAAGCGAUAUUGGCCUGGAAAAGCUCCAGAAUGGGCUGAUGAAGCCGAAGAAGACGAUGAUCUUCGCACUUCAUCUCGUCGACAUAAUCUAGAACAAGCUUUUCCGGUGAAUGAUGAUCCAUCUUUUGCUCGUUCAGAUGACCCUCGUCUUCGUAGGUUGGCGGAGAAUCGAGCGGAGAAUCGGGAAGAAAUUCGUGCUGAUCACCGGAGAAUCCGGCAAGCGGAGAUUGUGUCUACUGUCGAGGAAGAAAAUCGUGCGGAAGAAGAUGCUGAGGAGGAAGAUGAGGAUGCCUUGGAGGAGAGAAGGAGAAGAAUAAAGGAGAAAUUAUUGCAGAGAAGGCAAGAAGAGGAGAGAGAGUUAGCUCCUGUUGAGGAAGAAGAUGAAGAAGCUGAAGAAGAAGAGGAAUCAGAGGAAGAAGAAUCGGAGUAUGAGACAGAUUCCGAGGAGGAGGAGAUGAAUCGGCGAGCUUUAGCGAAGCCAAUUUUUGUGCCGAAGCAGGAAAGAGAAACGAUUGCAGAGAGGGAAAGGUUGGAAUUGGAGGAACAAGCAUUGGAGGAGGCUGUGAAGCGGAGGCUCGAGGAACGAAAACUGGAAACUAAACAGAUUGUGGUGGAGAAGAUUAGAGAAGCUGAGGAGAUACAGAAGAAUCUAGAAGCUGAUGCAGAUGUUGCUGAUGUUGAUACUGAUGAUGAAUUGAAUGAAGCUGAAGAGUAUGAGAGUUGGAAAGCGAGGGAAAUAGCGAGAAUUAAGAGAGAUAGGGAUGAUAGAGAGGCCAUGUUGAAGGAGAAAGAGGAGAUUGAAAGGGUUAGGAAUAUGACCGAGGAAGAGAGAAGAGAAUGGGAGCGGAAGAACCCUAAGAAUACACCUGCACAGAAGCAAAAAUGGAGGUUUAUGCAGAAGUAUUAUCAUAAGGGUGCUUUCUUUCAGUCUGAAUCUGAUGAUAGAGCUGGGACUGCUGGGGGAGAUGACAUUUUCCGGCGUGAUUUUUCGGCUCCUACUGGGGAGGAUAAACUUGAUAAGACGAUUUUGCCUAAAGUUAUGCAAGUUAAACACUUUGGAAGAAGUGGCAGGACUAAAUGGACUCAUCUUGUUAAUGAGGAUACCACUGAUUGGAACAACCCGUGGACGUUCAAUGAUCCUUUAAGGCAAAAAUAUAAUGCAAAAAUGGCAGGCAUGAACAAACCGAUUGCAAAACCUAAAGGAAGCCGGAAAUUGAAGGACUGGGGGCAGUAAUUCAAUUUGAAACAGAAAUCUGAUUGUGAAAGGUCUCCAAAACCCUUUCUUUUUAUUUGAAGGAGAAAUAUAAAGCUCAUAUCAGAUGGGAAGCAUUAAUCUUAUUUAAUUGUACAACGAACGAAUUACAUGUAUGAAUAUAUAGCAGUUCAGUAGCAAUUUCUAUAAGCUAAUAUUUACUUCAUAUGAUUGCUUUGUUUAGUGUACUCAAACGUCUUCAUCUAUUUGGCUCAUUAUCGAUGCUGGCUACGUUUUUUUGUAGUUUGCUGUUACCAAGCCUAAAAA